CUAAUAAGAAUAAACAACCAUCUAUUAAGUUGGAUGACUCAUCUUCUUUCAAUUUUAAGGAUCUGCCUGAGGAAACAAUACCUAAUGAUCCUCAAGUUCAACAACUUCUAUAUCACUUUAACUAUUUAGUUAAAGCUAUAGAAAAAGGACAAUCAUAUUCCUCUAAGGAAUCUUUUCUU